AGUGUUAUAUCCAAAAUAGAAGUCGGAUCCGUGCCCGCUUGCUAAGAAGGGUUUUGAGGGUUUCGCAGUUUCUGCAGUCUUCUCUCCUCUCCGAUCUCUUCGUCUUCUCCACAGGAUCCCCAAAGAUGAAGCUCGUCAGGUUUUUGAUGAAGUUGAACAAUGAGACUGUGUCGAUCGAGCUGAAGAACGGAACUGUGGUCCAUGGAACCAUCACUGGUGUUGAUGUGAGCAUGAACACUCACUUGAAGACGGUUAAAAUGACUCUCAAGGGGAAGAAUCCAGUGACAAUGGACCAUUUAAGCUUGAGGGGUAACAACAUCCGCUACUACAUUCUUCCCGAUAGCUUGAACCUGGAGACUUUGCUUGUGGAAGACACUCCUCGAGUUAAACCUAAGAAGCCUGUUGCUGGGAAGCCUGUUGGACGAGGCCGUGGACGUGGUGGUCGUGGGCGUGGUGGGGCUGGUCGUGGCAGAGGUCGUUAAGUUUCAGCAAAGCAGUGCACUGGAAACAGUUGAAGGCGAGUGAGUUUGAAUUUUGUAGGAAGUGGGAACCCUUUGGUGUCUUAGGAGAAUGUACUGAACUAUGAUGUAUUUAGCAACUCUUUGCAAAGGAAACAUCUGUGGUAAGAUUUGGGCUGUGUAAUGCGACUUCGUGGAAGAUUUAGCUUUUCAUUUCAUAA